UUAUCAAAAACUUCUUUUUAGACUUAACAAUUCUGUAAAUCUAAAAAACAAUGAUCGUGAGUGCGAGGCCCGGUCAGGGCAUAAAUCAUAUUUUUUCCCUUUCAUUUGUGUAAAUAUGUUACUAUUAUGUAUCUAUGUGCGAGAUAUCCCGUUAGAAACAAUUUUGACUUUAUAACACCAAUUCCUAGAUUUCCCAGUACAAAUUCAUCUUUACUGCCUUGCAAUUGUACGCUACGCUCCUUGAAUAAGGUAUGGUACUAUGUAUAUCUUAUUAUUAGCACAAUGUAUCAUAUGCAAUAUGUGUUUAUCCGAAGGUAAAGGUUUUGAACUUAUCAUAUAGGUCAAGGUAAUUGGGUCAAAUAUCAAGGUCAUUUGGGUCAAAUGUUCAAGGAUACAUUUGAUCUCUGAAAAUUAUCCUGACUUUUAGUAUGCGGUUUAGGUUAAGAUAAAUCACAUUUAAGCAGUUUACUUCUAGUAAAAUGUUUAUCCGUUUAUAGAUUUUUUUUGACACCUCAAAACCCUACUUUUCACAUAACGGAUAUAUUUGAAAUCAUAAAAUGAACUUUAAGACUUGAAAAGUACUUUUAAAACAACAGCAAAGAUGAAGGUAAAUAUCACAUUUUUGUUGCAGAAAGUGACCACGAAAAAAAAUAGCUUCCAUUUUGUUAUAUUUUAAGAUAUCGGAAAUGAAAAAAUAGAAACGCCCUAUGUUAUGCUGUCAAAUGCAUAGUCGCUUAAACUGUACAUUGCCGCAGGCUCAAACUUUUGACCGGUCUGUUAUUAACCCUGAUAUCUCUUAACAGGUGACCUACCGUUUUAGUGGACUACCAAAGCCACCGCACGAAUAUUGACCGAAUUCGAAUGAAUUUACCUCUAAUCCCUAUUCGAUGAUUGCAUGGUGCCCUAACAAGAAAUGCUAUUUCCUUUGAUACCCAAAAUUCGAGAGUUACCAUCGUUGGAGGGAGGGGUAUAUGGUAGGCCUACAUUGUAAUCUUAAAAUGUAUUGAUGGAGCAAUGAUAGUAUAGUGUUCAAUAAAGUUAUUUAUGUGUUAUAUGUUUGAAUCUUGACGUAAUCACGUCUUAGAAACUUGUCUGGUUGUAAUAGUUUUGUAACUGCUGAUGAGUUAUUGGUUUUCUCCACAGAUAAAACCAUGGUUUGGCGUCCAUUUGUACGACAUUUGACCCAGUCCAGUGUCCGUCUAAAUGACCAGUGUGGGAGACUCAACAGUACAUGGACAGUGGGUAUCCUUGUCCUGUUUGCGGUGUUGACGUAUUGUGUUCAGUCUUCGCACGACGAUUCAGUUUCAUGCUGGACACCCACAGAUUUCACACAUCAAAUGACUGUAUAUGCCAACAAAAUAUGUUCUGAUUCCGGUACCUACCACGUCCCUUUGUCCGAAGAUAUUCCGAUUAGUCCACAUUUAAGAGAUACAAAAGUAUCUUCAAAAGAGUACAAAUGGCGAUGGCUUCCUCUCAUCCUCCUCAUACAGGCACUGCUGUUCAAACUUCCGGAUCUUGUCCUAUCUGUAGGACAGGGCCUAGUGGGAUUCAGAUUUACAAAGAUAUCAGGACUUACAGAUGGCUACGAGACACUUAAUAUGGCUGACCGAACCAUAAUGGGGAGACAAGUUGGACGGUACAUGAAGAGCUGGAUUGACUCAACUGUAUUGAAAGGUUGUCCAUGGGGAUGGCUAACACUGCUCUUUCUGUUCACGAAACUUUUGUACUUCAUCAACAUCGUCACACAAGUAUCUGUUAUGAAUGAUCUCCUGAAAUCUGAAAACCACUCUUCUUUUGGUAAACAGGUACUGAAUGAUAUCGUUGGCAAUGAAACGGUCGAAUGGCAUUCGUUUGAUUCUUCACCCGACCGCAUAGUAUUGUGUGAUUUUCCUAUCCGGACACUGACCAACGUACAAAGAUAUACAGUGCAGUGUGCCCUCAAUAACACAGAUGAUAUCAUGCACUACUACAAGAUGAUGUUGUGUUUCCUAUGGCUGUGGUUAGUAGGGGUAACAGUUAUAACCACGAUCAGUGGUGUAAUACAGCUACUUACAGUCCUGGUGCCAGUCUUUAGGAAACGAUACAUCAAGAGUUACCUGUAUAUGUCAAAGGAAGUGUCCCCAUCUCCAUCAGACAACGAUAUUGGCAGGUUUGCGGGGUCAGAAAUAACAGAGGACGGUGUGUUCAUAUUGAAAGCGAUUGGGGAGGCAUCUUCUGAACACCUGGUCAGGGACGCGGUCUUAUAUCUGUGGCAUUCCACACAUGAUCAACACAGCUCUGUUCCUCAGGGACCACCAGCACACGGUGGUCCUCCGUCAUACUUACCAGCGUCGCAUGUACCGGGUCAGACUUACGGGCCAGGAGAUGCGGCAUCUCCUCCCAUGGCUCCUCCACAACAGGUUAAAUAUCGACCUCAGACGGGUACUGAGGCUGCCCCUCUGAUGACCCACCAACCAAUAUAAAAAGAUCGUAUUUUGUAACAAUUGACAUAUGGUUAUAACAGUUUCGUAGAGGCAGAGUGUAGCUUAUAUCAUAGUUAUGGGAUGAUUUACAUUAUCUCAUUAUUCAUAAACGAAAUAUAUUGUUGAUAUACGCAGUCAUUUUAAUCAAUAGAUGUACAACUCAAUUUAUUUAGGUUGUAGUUACCUUUUAUAUUAAUCCAAUACCAUUACUAUAUAACCAAUGUAUAAAAUAUUCAAUUUACAGAUUAUUUACUAGUUACCAAUACAUACUUUUUAAAUCACAAGAAUAUGCCUUUUACUCAGGGCUAAGUAAUACAGUGGCUGAACAAAUCACUACGUCAAUAGGCACCCGAAUGAUCAAGACAAUCAUCAAAUAACAAACAACAACCGGCUAUGCAUAGCAUGACAAAAACCCAAAAUUAAGUUUAUGAAUAUCAUAUACCACAUGGCUCACAAUUUCCAAGACCGUUAUCCUAUUGUCACAGAAGUGUAAACAAUGAUACUCCGUAAUAUUGUGUAUUUGUAUCGGCAUACGUGAAUAUUCAAUGCGGUUCAAUAUAUGAUACGUGUAGACCGGAGAGGUGAAGAAGCCUGGAUGCCUCAAGUCUAAAGAAAGGAGAUGAUUCUAUAUACCAACUGUGGCAACGUAAUGGUGAUUAAAACAUGACCUUCCGUUUUUGUAUUUUAUCAAACCUGACUCAUGAAAAAAACAAGUAUUCACAAAUGUUUCUUUUACUUCUCAUCACUACUGAAAGAUAGCUUUCGGAUUGAUUCUCAAACAUAUUCGUCAUUUUACAAUGCAAUACAUACAAAUAACUACAUUAUACAUGUGAUUUUAACACGAUGUCUAUAUUUUGUAAAUAUUUACAUUAUUUUACUAACAAUAUUUUACAUGCAUGUUUUAUAUUGAAUUUAUGAAAUAAAGUUAAUGGUUUACGUUU